CUGAAACCCCCAUGACAUUGACGUUGACAUGUUGAUAUUAUUUAAUUUGGUCCGUAAAAAAUGUAAAUUAUUUAUUUUAACCGUGCCCCACUGGCACAACUGAGAACCAUCACAUAAAACCAACCAAUCAAUCCAAUUAUUUAUUUUGAACAUCAAUGUGAACCGACUAACGUAAUGUUCCGAUUGCCAUGUAUGGUUUUUGGGAAAUUAUAUCACUAUAACGCGUGCUUUUUGAAACCAUUUCACAUCAGAUUUAAUUUUUCUACCCAAGAAGAUAACACAAAAUUUCUCUGUAAAUAUCUUAAAAUAAGUGAAAGUAAAGCACAAUAUCUACAAAUGAAACAUCCAAUAAUAAAAAAAUUAGAUAGUGAUCAAAUAAAAGACUUGGCUGAUACCUUGUACGAUUUAGGAUUUCAGAGAAAUAUCCUUUUAAAUGAACCAUCACUUUGUAGUAUAUUACCAAUUACUUUGAAAUAUCGAUUUAAUGUAUUAAAAGAAUGCGGUGUGCACAAUAUAUCGACCCAACAUUUAGUUUCGUAUUUAACGUUAGUGAAGCAAAAAACAAUUGGUACUUUAAAACAAUCUGGAAUAAUACCACAUUUGUUAAACAUUGAAAAUAGACUUGCUAGUUACAUGACUCAAUGGCCAUCGUCACUUACUACAUUAGUGUAUGGAAAUGUAAAUGAUUUCACGUUGCACUCAUUAAGAAUUAAAAUAAUACAAAGAUACCUUGAGCUAAUGUUAGAUCUAAGUCCAGAUGAAUUUAAAAGAGGUCUACAUACCUAUCCAACUAUCCGUCAUCGUCCACUACAAUCUAUCAAUGAAACUCUCACCAUCUUACAAAGUGAAAUUCUUAUGCCAAUACCCAAACUUAAAUCUAAUCUGUACUUAGUGCAUGCUGACCCAGAAAAUUUAAAGAACAUCUUAUACAACUUCAGAUCAAUUGGAGGAAUAGAUAUGAAAGAAAUAAUCAGGAUGCAUCCCAAGUUAGCACUGAUAAAGUAUCAAACAUUAUUAGAAAUAAGAAAAAUAUUUGAAGAAUAUGGAAUAAGUAAAGAAGCCCAGAUCAAAUGUUUCCAAAUAUACACAUUAAGUCCAGCCACAAUAAAAGACAGAUUAGAAAAGGCUAAAAGUAUUCCUGAAUUCAAUGCAUUUUAUGGACACCCAAGAUUUUUGAAAAUGAUUCAUUAUAACAAAACAGCAUUAAAGAGAUUGAUGAAAUUGUACAGUAACAAUAAGAAAUGCUUGAGCCUCAACAUACUAUCUGGUAGUUCAGCUCAUUAUGAAACAUUUGAAAAAGCACCAGGCGAUAGACUGGGAAAAGGCAAAGAUUUAGUAUUCUGCAUAACUAAGUCAUUGGGAACCUCAUUUAACACAUCUAAUGUACGCAGUUUAAUUAAAAGACAUCCAUUUUGGAUUAACAUACCUUUAAUACAAGUAAAAUAUGUCUAUGAGCAGCUAAGUGCUAAUUUUUCUGCUAACGAUAUUUACGAAAAUUGCCCUAUUCUGUUGUAUCCUUGGAACAAAAUUCGUGAAACAAUAAAUUUAUUAGACAAAAAGUUGAUUAAAAAUCCAAAUUUACAACAUUAUGAGCAGAUUGAUCUUACUUUAUUAAGUAAAUCUCAAAAAUUGAGUCUUGUUUUGUAUUUACUUGAAAAGAAACAUUAUUUUACUGGGAACGGGGUAUGGUCUGAAGAAAAAAAGAAGAAUAUUGUAGAUUUUUCACCAAAUAGCAAUGUGGUAGAUAAUAUUUCUGUAAUAUAACAAAUUAAAUAAAUGAUUAUUUGCUGUUUUUUCUACUA